AUGGUGGUAUAUCCGUGCGCUUCCUUCUUCUUCUUCUUAUUUUUCUUGUUGUUGUCAUUGCGGCUGCUCCUGAUGUGGUUUUAGUAUUGGUUCAUGUUGUUCUCUUUCCUUUGACAGAGCAACGAGGCUGUGAAUCCGAAAGCAUACCCCCUGGCAGAUGCGCAGCUCACGAUCACCAUACUCGACCUGGUCCAGCAGGCGGCAAACUAUAAACAGCUCAAGAAGGGAGCCAACGAAGGUUCCCUGAUUUGCUAAUUUUUGUCUCUCUCGGAUGUGUUGUUGUUGGAUUCUUCUAGACGAUGUGCUUUUCCCUUUUGCUACGGUCCUGAUCACUGUGUAUCCAUCUUCAGCGACCAAAACCCUAAACAGGGGAAUCUCGGAGUUCGUGGUGAUGGCGGCGGAUACCGAGCCCCUUGAGAUUCUUCUCCACCUCCCCUUACUCGCUGAAGACAAGGUAGUCUUCCCGUUUCUAUUUUUUUUUCAGGUGAUUGCAUUUUUCAUCACGAAAAUAUCCUUUUCUGCUGCGCGCAUCUGUGAUUUCAACGUUGAUGGAAUGGCCAAAAUCGCGUUUAUUUCUAGAAAUCUGUUAUUGGUUCAUUGUGCUUUUCAUAAAGCACAGAUUACAAGGAGGUUUCCUGGCGAUGUUUUACCUUGUUUAAGGUCAUGUAGGAUCUACCUUUGGGUGUAUCUUGACUUCAUAGGUGUCCCUGCUAUGGAUUAUGCCCUCUGUUUCCGUCGACGGUAGUACCCAUUCUUAUUCAAGUGUCACCGGAAGCGUUGACUUAUUUUGGUGAACAUUAAAGAAAGUCAAAUAACAGGAAAUUGCUUAUCUCCAUCUUUUCAUAGUCUAAGAUUUUUUCUUACAUCAUCUAUAUGUAACCCUCUAAAUGGUGUGCAUCUCUGCUGUAGAUAUCAUAGAUUUUCCUCCUUGGCAUAUACAUAUAUAUAGUUAUAUAUAUUUUAUUUUCUGAGUGCAAGUAGGCGCCUCUAUGAUCCUGAAAUGGUCAGCCCAUCUUUUUUGUUCUUACUGCCUCGUCGGAGAAACCAUUAAGGUACUUAUGUAUCAUUGUUCGAAGAUAUAUACUUGAGAGACAUUCGGAUUAGACCUUUCAAUCCAUUCAAUGUAGCUGCAGCAAGUGCUGAUGGUAUGGGUUUUUAUCUCCAUUGGUUUCUUGACUAGUCUUUCCCACCACCAAAACUUCUGCCUUAUCCCGACCUUUUGUAUUGAUGGAGCCUGUGUUCUUUGUCCGGGGCCAAAUUUUCCAUGGACCAUAAGAUUUUUUAUAUUAUGCAUGAAGACAUGAAUGAACCAAAGCCGUGUAGACCAUAAGUUUUAGCCUGAAGCCUGUGCUUAAAACAUCUGUGCUCUGUGGCUCUUGAUUUGGGGUUGACCAUGAGGAUUUUGGUAGGCAGGAGUCUUCAGAAAUGCUAAGAACAUGUAAUUUAUCCACAAAGUUUGCCUGAAGAAGAAAAGAAAUUAUCCAUCCACAGACAGAUGACCUUAGAUUUUUCAUUCAAGAACCAGAAUAUGUAGUCACUAUGGUAUCCUGAGCUUCAUAUUACGAAUAAGUAUGUAAUCGGCUAUCUUUGAUUGGUAAUGCGUUCGCAUGAAUGCUGUAUGAAAUGUCAAAAAUCAUUAUAUGCAUUGAUACAAUGUUCCUUGAUGCUUUAAAUCAUGUAGAUUAAUAAUCAUCAUAUGCCUGGGUGUGGGGCAUCAGCAGCAGCACCAUCACAGACUGGCAUGAGGAAGCUUGGGUCUGCUUUACUGCUGGCCUCUUUCUCUUUCUUAUGAAAACGCUUCCAUUUAUUCAUUUUAGAACUAAAAUCGUGUUAUAUGCUAUUUCAAGUCAUUUUGGCUUGGCCUCGGUUAAUCCCGGAUUAUCCUUCACAUGAACCUUCAUUUUUUUUAAUUUUUAGUUUUUUUUCUGAUGGCCCUUCGAUUUUAUUAUUUAGAUAAGUAUCUGAUCUGCAACCUAAGCUAAGAGCUGUGAUUGGUUCUUUCCUGGCCAGAACGUCCCAUACGUCUUCGUUCCUUCCAAACAAGCCCUCGGACGAGCCUGUGGAGUCACCAGACCCGUCAUCGCCUGUUCCGUCACCAGCAACGAGGGAAGCCAGUUGAAAUCUCAAAUCCAGCAACUCAAGGUACAAAUCCCUCUCUCUCUCAUCAGUUCAUGGGGGGGGUGGAUUGAGGGUCCGAAGUCAACGGGUCGUUGACAUUUUUUUUUAAUACUCUGGGGAAACUAAUUGGAUCACGGGUUUUGCCAGGAUGCGAUCGAGAAGCUUCUCAUCUGA